GCUGCAAAUAAAAAAUCAAACCAAAUUCACGAGAUUGAGAUUGAACACGGUACAGGGAGAAGUCUGGGAUCGAUCGAUUGCUUUGGUUGGUUGUAGCCAUCCCAUCGGUCAUGGCCGCGGCAGUGCUUCUUCGAUCUGUCGCGCGCAAGAUGUCGCGUGCCGCUGCCUCGACGCAUCAUCGUUGUCUUGUCGCGCGUGGACUCCAUGGCGGCGCUCAGCAAGGGACGGCCGAUGUAUUGGUGUCGUCGGGCAUGGCCGCAGCAACCGGGCUUGGAUCCGCAGCAGGGCGGCUUACGACCAAGAUGGCACACGCACCGCCGCCGCCCCCGUACCAUCGUCUUGUCCACUGCCGUGGAAUUCAUAGCCGCCGCACCUCUCCUGAUCCGAUUCCUUCCACUCCGCGAAAGGUUCCCGCACUCGUUGAGGAUAUAUCUGAUGUGGCUUGCAUUGCGCUGGUUAGUGCCGCGAUUUUCAUGCAUUUUUGGGUCAGGCCACAUUUGGACGAGGUCACAGCCAUGUAUGAGGAUCUCCUUAAGGAAACCCGCUCGCAGCUUGGCAAUAUCAAGAAUAUGGACGCCUCUUCAGCAGGACAUGGUAACAAGACCCAGAAGGGAACAGGGGUUAUUGACAACUUGUUGGGCAAAGAAGAAGAAGCCGUGAAGGAGAUGCAUUCUCAGAAAAAUCAUGUCAAGGAGCUCGAAGCUACCAUCAUGGACUUGAAAGCUGAAAACGCCAAGCUCAAGAUUGCAUUGGAUUCAGCUCGUUCUCAAGGAAAAGUGUAGAUGGGAGGGGUCUUGCAUUAGAAUCGAUUUGGUUGUUUAAGGAACCGUAGUUGCCAAGGGUGUCAAUAAUUUACUAAUAUGUGUAUCGCUAAAAGAUGGUUCACCCUAUCAAGGUUAUAUAUGAUCUUUGCACUGACUACGUAGGUGAUGGUCCAUGCGUUGCAACAGGCAUACAAAUUGUACGCAUGAUCUUUCUUUUAAUGGAGAUUUGUUUAUGUUAGCAUCAGUGGUUUUGGUCCACCGCCCGUACAAGAAUGUUGGUGUUGAGACUUGAGAAGAAUAUAUAGCUUCCUUUGGCCUUUGUGCAAGUGUUUUGCUA